AGCCGUCAAAUGCAGUGUUCUCUGCCACCUCUCUUCUGUGGCCAUGGCUUCGUCGUCGUCCCUGUUCUUGAGCUCGCCGCCAAUCGCCCCUAAAUCCACCAGAAUUCCACCUCCACUCUCCCUUACCUUAGCCUCUGCCUUUUCCAACUCCCUCAGGCUGCAUCCCCGGCGGUCGCUGACCGCCGCCGCCGCCCUCCAGGCGGAGAAGCAGGACUCCGUGAAGCUGGAACCAGUGCACUCGCCACCUCCCCCGUCUCUUCCAUUCCGAGUGGGCCACGGAUUCGACCUCCACCGCCUCGAACCGGGCCUUCCGUUGAUUAUCGGGGGCAUCGCCAUCCCUCACGACCGGGGCUGCGAGGCGCACUCCGAUGGGGAUGUGUUGCUUCACUGCGUGGUCGAUGCGAUUUUGGGCGCUUUGGGGCUUCCGGACAUUGGUCAGAUCUUUCCAGAUUCUGAUCCCAAGUGGAAGGGCGCCGCCUCUUCGGUCUUCGUGAGAGAAGCUGUAAAACUGAUGCAUGAAGCUGGUUAUGAGCUGGGAAACUUGGAUGCCACUUUGAUUCUACAAAGGCCAAAACUAAGCCCUCAUAAGGAGGCUAUCAGGUCUAAUUUGUGUGAUCUGCUUGGAGCGCACCCUUCAGUCGUUAACCUGAAAGCAAAAACACAUGAGAAGGUCGACAGUCUUGGAGAAAACAGAAGUAUAGCAGCACAUACUGUGGUUCUUCUUAUUAGGAAGUAAAACAUAUCUGUGACUGAAAGCACAUAAAACGAAUUUUAUUGCCAUUAUAUGGACUAUGGAGGUAUUAAAUUACAUACAAGUUAUGAGAGCAAUGCGAGUGAGGCCGAAACUUCCAUCAAUAUUUGUACUGAUAAGUUGUGUUCUUUUUCUUCUACUCGAUGAUUUCCUAAUGUUGCCUCAUAAUGUUUGAGAAUUCUUACAUACUUCAAUAUAAAUUUUAUUAUUAUUUUUGGGUAA